AUGUCAGACUCCUUGGUCCGUGUUUCAAGACGGGUCGAAUGGAGAGCCCACAGGUCAGCGACCGGAGCACGCAGGUGCCGAGGCACGCCAGGGGCGCGUGCUGCUUUCCACGAUCCAAGAGACGGCGUUCCGCGGGCGUUUCGAAGGCCCGGGCUUUGGCCGCCCCUCAAAUCCUCACUGAUCCGCACCCCGAGUCGAUCGGCGGACCGGCUCAUCACCGUUCCACAUCCGACCGGGGAGCAUCGCCGGUCUCCAUCCGCUUCCCUCCCGACAAUUUCAAGCACUCUUUGACUCUCUUUUCAAAGUCCUUUUCAUCUUUCCCUCGCGGUACUUGUUCGCUAUCGGUCUCUCGCCCGUAUUUAGCCUUGGACGGAAUUUACCGCCCGAUUGGGGCUGCAUUCCCAAACAACCCGACUCGCCGACGGCGCCUCGUGCUGCGCCAGGGUCCGGGCGCGACGGGGCUCUCACCCUCUCCGGCGCCCCCUUCCAGGGGACUUGCGCCCGGUCCGUCGCUGAGGACGCCUCUACAGACUACAAUUCGGGAGGCGGAGCCGCCCGAUUCUCAAGCUGGGCCGUUCCCGGUUCGCUCGCCGUUACUAGGGGAAUCCUCGUAAGUUUCUUCUCCUCCGCUUAUUUAUAUGCUUAA